AUGUUUUGUGUACCACCAUAUGGCUUUAUUUGGCUUAUAGGUGUUCAUUAUGCUGGUAUAUCGUUUCAUCAUGUUAAUACACGAUUUAAACUUAAUACAUUUAUACUUUGUUGUCGAGCUUAUGAACUGGAAAAUCAAACAAGUCCGAAUAUUCGAAGAUUCGUUAAUUCUAUUCUUGAUGAAUUUGGUUUAUCAUUUGAUACGUCAUCAUCAUAUGUUGUUUCACACAAUGAAAAUAAAACGCGUUGCGCAUUUGCUGAUUUAAAAAUGCUUAUUGAGAAACUUAGUGAUGAACAAAGUCCAACAAUUCAUCUUGUUGUACCUCUUCGUCAGUAUCUUAUCAAUUGUUGUGUCGUUCGUGAUGAUGAUGAAGGUGGUCUAAUUUCGAUAAAGAUAUUCAUAGGUAGUUAUCCGCAUUGA